AAAAUACUUUCAGUCAUUAUUUCCUCCUCUGUCCGCUGAUUUGCAUUACUGAAAAUGUUGUAUUACAGGUCCACUUUUUUUAUUUGUUGCUGUGAGCUAAUGGAAGCAUGUCAGUAGCCGGCUGCUGACCAAAGGUUUUCCUCUUGCCUCAUUCUCUUGUGUUGCUGUGUGCACUUUGUGUCAGCUGGCUUGUAGAUCGACAGGGACAUUUCUGUGUCAAUGCUACAGGAUCCCUAUAACCCAAAGAAACAUCCUCCAUGUUUCCACAGUGAAAAAUGGACAAAGUUUUGGGACUGCUUCUGCUCCUGGUGCUGCUUCUCUGCCAUAAAGGCAACACACAGUUACAAACCUCGUGUCCGUACAACUGCCAGUGUUUCAAUUCAGUCCAAAUUCUGUGUGCAGAAGAACGGAUGUCUUCUUUACCGAAGAACAUGUCCAGGCAAGUUAAGGAGUUUAUCUUGAUCAGAUCAACCGUAUCGUACCUGUUCGCCCGAACUUUAGAGGAGAGCCCCCAACUCACCAAACUCAUCUUCCUCAGUAAUGCCCUGCGGAGUAUUCACUCUCAGGCUUUCGAGCAUUUGACUGAGCUGCAGGAGCUGGAGAUCAGUGGGAACCCCUGGCUGGAGUAUUUAUAUCUGGGGACUUUUUCCAAGCAGGGAAUCCUGACUAAACUGAUGCUCAACUUCAACAUAUUCAAGACCGUGCUCCCUGGCAUGUUCGACUCUCUUAAAAACCUAGAAACUCUGCAGAUGAAGGGCAACGUCAUAUCAAAUCUGCCUUCUUUCCUUCUGCUGAACCUCCACAAUCUACGGGUCUUGGAUUUGUCCCAAAAUAAGAUUCAAGACGUGAAAAGGGAAACUUUUUCUGGCCCAGCGAAACUGGAGAUCCUGAAACUGAACAACAACCUCAUCAGCAAUCUUACAACUGACUUGUUCUACAAUAUUUCAAAGCUGAAAGAGCUUCACUUGGAAGGGAAUAACAUAUCAGAACUUGCUGAUGAUACCUUCUCCAUGUUAACCAACCUGAAGGUCCUGAACCUCCGAGGGAACCUUCUCACGGCCUUCAGCGGUAAAUUGUUUGGAUUCAAUGCCCAAAAUUUAAAGGAACUGAAUCUUAAAGGCAACAGAUUGACCACCGUGUCCUCUCUAAGCAGUUUGACUUCUCUUACUGAUUUAAUCUUGUCCUCAAACCAGCUCUCCGACCUUCCUGGGGACACUUUUGGAAACGUUACAGCGCUGGAGAAUCUAGACCUGUCUGAAAACCAGCUCACCCUGCUACCAGAAACAGUCUUUAAUGGUCUAUUCGGCAUCAAAGCGAUCCACCUCCACAAGAACAACCUGAGCAGGGUGGACCCCAAUCUGUUUGAGGACCAGUUGCUGAUUCAGCAGCUCUACCUGUCUGACAACCAGCUGGAAUCUCUUCCACUGGGCCUGUUGGACCCUUUUGUCAUCCAGCACACGGUGAGACUGCACAGGAACCCUUGGAAGUGUGACUGCCACAUGUGGUAUCUGCACGACUGGGUGCUGAGAAAUGGCCGAGACGUAGAGAUGCUCGACAGGAUGCUCUGUGCUAGCCCUGGCUUUUUAAGAAGACGGGCAGUCGUGUCCAUCGACAAGGACCAGUUGGUGUGUGAGGUGUCUAGAGAUGCUAUGCCUGAUCUUAGUAGAUGUAGAGUACAAGAGUCCGGGGACACUGUGAUUGUCAAUUGCAAAGUGGAUAAGUGCUCUCCACUUACAGUAAGGAUGCAGUUUCAGGAGGAUGACGGAAGCAUAACAGAGCAUUAUUUGAAAAAUGAGUCAAGGUGUAGCAAUAGCACGGUGAUUGAUAUUGAUAUAUAUUAGUUUUUCCUCGUUAUCAGACUUUGUUUUCCGUGCAAAUACAUGCAUCUGAGUCAUAUUAAAUGUUCUGACUGUCAGAGUCAAUACUGUAAACAAACCUGUAGCGCAACAGCUGAUAACCAGCUAACAUGCAUGCUGCUGGGCGAUAAUAGAGGUGGAUGAACCCUCUUUUUGGGAUGUUUAAAGUUCAACCAAUUGCAUUUUAAGAUUACAUCUGAAAGGAACUGUGAGCAUAAGGUGUUGAAUUUCCAGUAGAGAUGCUUCUGACCCGCUAGUUUUAGUCUCUGUAAUGUCCAACUGACAUUAAUGCAAGGCAACGUGAUUGCGGCUGUCGGCCGCCGUACUCUCCCGUGUCAAAGUGAAUUAUCAUUGGAAAAACAUGUUGACAAAUGACUGUGUUAUCACAGAAUCAGAUAUGAUGCAUUUUGCAAUUUUCAAGAGGUCUUGAAAGAACUGCUUGUGGAAAACAAAAUAAAACAUUUAAAAAUC